UUCCGUUUAGCCUUACACACACUCUCUCUCUCUCAUGCAGUGUGUUCGUCGCUUUCUUUGUCAGGCUUUUUCUCUCCCUUUCUUCCCCGUCUCUCUCUCUCUCUCUCUCUCUCUCUCUCUCUCUCUCUGUUCACUCGCCAUUUUCGUCGGAACCCUAGGAGACGAUCAUCAUUCCAUGAAGCUCGGUGUCCUCGUCGUCACCUUCCUUCGUUUUCCACUGGAGUUUCCCGGUUAGAUUUUCUGACCGCACCAUGGAUGCUGAUCUCUGGGGUCCGCCAACUGGUCCAGAUGUUGGAAACGAUAGUUGCUACGUUCAAACCGUACGGGGUUGCGGAUUUUACUUCGAUCGUAGAUUAGAUGUGAUCGAGGAAAAUGCUCUGAACGAGAUAUCUUGUGUGCAAGUGUUGAGGAUAUUGAUGGAGAAGGAAGAUGCUGAAAUCGACAACCAUGAGAAAGUUUCGAUUUUGCCCCGAAAUGACGAUACUUGCUACAAUGUGGAAAAGAUCCAUGAUGCUAUCGUUCCGGAGGCCAACACCAGUUCCACACAAUCGGCUAUCGAUGAGGAAGCAAGCAUCUCUAAUCUUAGUGAUGCUCAAACUGCUGGGAGCAGAGAUUCUAGUUACGCCAUUGAAGACAGAGACCCAGAGACAAGAUCGAAGCUUCGUGAGAGGACAGCAACCAGCUCAGAAACAGUUCAGCCUGCAGGAGCUGUGGAAGUCUCUAGUAUAGAUGCAUCUACAGAACCCUUUACCGAGAAGGGGAGCAUUUCUUCUGGUUCGGUGUCGACAGUCAAUAGCAAAGAAGUCGAGGAACAUUCUUGUUUAUCCUUGGAUGCCAUCAAAACACUAGAUCCUAUAAAACAAGAAGAUACUGCAGAACUUCUCAAGCCUAAAAGAACUGCUGAGGACUCGGCCACAAACAUUAGCAGAGAUGAGGUGAAACACCUGAAUGGUAUGCAGCAAUCAGAAACCUCAGACUUGAAACCUAGCAGCCUCAACAAACCAAGUGAACACCACUGUCCUGCUGCCAAAAGCAAAGAUGGAAGCCCCGGUUUAAGGCAUCUGGUUUCAAAAGCUAGACAGAGGCUGAGAGAAAAGACUAAUGCUCUCAAUGAGAAGAUGAAUACUGCGACUUUGGCUGCAGAAGAAGAUGAAGAAAGACUGAAGGAUGAUCACCAAACUCCCAGUCUCCAAAAUGUCCUAAUUGCUACUGAACCUUUCACCAUGGAUUGUCUCUUAGAGAUGUGUGAUGGGGAAGAUAAAGGCGGUGAAACACCUCUUGAUAAGAAGCAAAAAAGAUCACAGGCCGAAACAGGUCAUGGAGCUGGAAGAACUGGUACACACGAUGAGCUGAUAAAGAACUUGAUUCUGAAGCCAGCAGAGGAAAAGACAAGGAGCAAUGCACUGCUAGUUCUACCAAGCUUGCAACAAAACCCUAGCACGCAGCAGAAAUCCAACAGUAGUAACCAUGCGGGUCCAAACAAGUCUUUUAUCAGAGAUACCAAGCAGAACAUAACUCAAGACGGGCAAGGUGAACCAGGGAAUCUUAUUGCUGAUCCAGGUGAUGAACAAAAACCGAUGAACAAGCGAAAGAAGAAGAGGACAAGCGAAAGCAGUAAGCAGACGUUGAGUGAAGCAGAGAUAUCAAGCGGGGACUUGAAUGAGAUGAAAACAAACGACUUAAAGGCGAUAGCAAAGGCGCUGAAAGUGACGCAUUACUACAAGCUCAGGAGAAACGACCUGCUUCAGCAGCUAAUUAGCCGUCUAAACCCUAUCUGAAACCCUCAUUACAUAUUAUUGUACAGAGUGGUAAGUACAUUAUUUCGGGUUUCCCGUUCUCUGCGGGAACUUCCUUGCUGGAGGCUGGAGUUGAGACGAUCACCGGCUUGGGAUCCACCAGGUAUAGCUAACAUUAGAUAUCUCAAAAAAAAAAAAAAAGAACACCCUUUGUUUGCUUGACAUCACAUGGUAAAAAUGAUUAGCUAGCUUCUGCAUUUUGCAGAAUCAUGUGAAUGAAUGGUGAUGAGCAGUUUUCUCACUACUGUGAACAUAUAUAUAUAUAUAUAGGUGGAUAUGCUCAUAGCAGUAACAGUCAGACUAAAGAAUGAAAGAACACGAUACUUCUCAUAGAGUCAGAGGCUCACGUGUGCAUUACUGCAUCCAACGUUUCCUUAAAAAAAAAAAAAAAAAAAAAAAAA